AUGUACUCGACGCACUUAUCUUUUUCCAUUGUAUUAACUAUCUUUACCUGUAUCAUUUGUGCCAUCUGUGUUGAGGCUGAUGCUGCGAGCUCAGACACAUCGGUUACUGAUCUGUUACGGCAGUUGAGCUUACGGCCUCUACCUCUCAAUGGGUCCCUGACUAACAUGGCCUAUAAUUACCUCAAGUGUAUGGAGGUAGAAGGAUUUAGCAAUGCAACAUCAGUGAUAACUGACGAGGCAUCUACUCUCACAAUAUACGCCAACAUUACGCAAGUUAAUUCUACUGCGGUUGAUCGUAUCUAUAUGAAGUGCGGUAGGUUAUACGCUGGUACUCUGAGAACAGCAGUGCUCGUGGCGGAUGCCCUAGAUGAAGGCGACGUUUAUUACAGCACUCUAGGUGAGAUCCUAGCAGGAUCGGUGCCCCUACCACCUUUAGCCUCCAACCCGACUUACCAAGCGGAAGCUACAAGAAAGUAUGAAUUGCAUAGCGAAACUACUAAACGUGACUAUAGCGGAGCUUGGCAUUACCUGUUCUCAACUAUAACAACUGCCUUGACCGAUCGUUGUCUUUUCCUCUCUCGGGGUGUUGCUAAUCGAAGAAAUUAUAGUAAAAAGUAA